UCUGUCAUUAAAUCGUCUGCCCCUUUUAAGCCAGCUUUUUUAAGGAAGGAGAUCUCCGCAAAGAAAAGAGCCACACUCCACUACCAGCUGCACAGUCGGCCAGCAGAGAGCAGAUCCAUUCCCUCACUGAACAGGAAAGUGAAGUGACCUGACGUCAAGAUGGCAGCAAAGCAGGGAGCUGGCAUGGCAAACAAAGGUCCAUCCUAUGGCAUGAGCCGGCAGGUUCAGGACAAGAUCGAGAGCAAGUAUGACCAGGAUCUGGAGCAGAUUCUGGUGGAGUGGAUCGUUCGCCAGUGUGGCUCUGACGUCAAAAGGCCAGAGUCAGGAAAAACGGGAUUCCAGGCCUGGCUGAAAGACGGAUGUGUCCUGAGUGAAUUGAUCAAUAGUCUUUUUCCUGGAGACAAACCUGUGAAGAAGAUUCAGAGCUCAACCAUGGCUUUCAAGCAGAUGGAGCAGAUCUCUCAGUUCCUCAAUGCUGCUGAGAAGUAUGGCGUCACAAAGACUGACAUGUUUCAGACUGUCGACCUCUGGGAAGGUAAGGACCUGGCAGCAGUGCAGAGGACCCUUUCAGCUCUCGGCAGCUUGGCCGUCACCAAGGAUGAGGGCACAUACCAGGGCGACCCAAACUGGUUCUUUAAGAAAGCGCAGGAGAACAAGCGAGAAUUCUCAGAUGAUCAGAUGAAGGCGGGCAAAAAUGUGAUUGGUCUCCAGAUGGGGUCAAACAAGGGAGCCAGUCAGGAAGGCAUGAGCUACGGAAGGCCGAGGCAAAUCCUGUAAAAUCCCUGAGCCACAGGAAUGAUUCGACCCCGAUGCCCGUUUCAACAUUUGAGAGCCUGUAAACAGUGGCCAUUAAAAAGGUCCUCCCAAUUUCUUUUUUUUCCUUUCCCAAUUCAGUAACCCCCUGCCGCUUCAUAGGGCAUUUACUUUCAAAUGAAUAACCCAAGUCUCAACCCUUGACGCAACCCACACUGUUCACUUUUGCAGAGCCUCACCUUGCGCUAUUCUGUCAGUCCCAGUUUAUUAAGAGCUGUUAGGUGCCAUUGGCGAAAGCACUACAUAAAUCUUAUAAUCCUGGAUUUGGUCACAAAAUAACACCUUUAUUACCCAUCUUUGUAUGACAAGACUACCACCAUGGGGAACCUUCAAUAUUACUUAAAAAAAAAAAAAAAGGAACCAUAUCUCCUGCUAUCUACGUAUGCCUGCUGUAUCAGCACUGAUGUUUUGUACAUUUUCAUAUUAAAUAAUGACUUGGAAGUA